UCAGGUGGUUUGGUAGCUGGUAUUGUCGUUGGAGUACUAGUAUUGCUAGUCUUGGCAGGAGUUAUCGUACUUGUAUGGAUGAAAAGAAAAAACAGAUUUUGCUUCCAGUCAGAUAAAAUGGACAGUCCAAGAAGAACUGCAUCGCCCAUCCACGCGACAUCCUCAGUACCCAACAACUAUGAACAAUAUAACGCUGAUGUAACCAACAGAGUCCAGUAUGAAAAUGUGGCGUACUGUGCUCAGCCAAACACGAAAGCCUUGCGUGGUCCAAUCGCCGUUUCGUCCAUCGACUACGACCUUGCUGCUGCAGAUGACACACUACAAGGACCUCGUCAUUUAGCGGAUCUACCCAAUGGCAUCAGGCCACGUGAUGACUACGAACUGGCGGGUCCAGAUGACGGUGCAGCCGACCUCACUGGAGAUCUGUACAACACGACAGAACCUACACCACACGGACGGACGGACAGUGAGACGUACAACCACAUCAAGGGAGACAGAUUUGAAGACGAGGAUAUGUACAACCAUACGGACGGGUCUGAUGACCUACCAGAGCAGUAUGAUCCAGAAUACAGCCACAUUACUACUAAGUAGAUACAUGUACUAGUUUUUGUCGGCCAGAUCAUACAGAUAAUAUACAAUUUAUACAAUAUAUGCUUUGUAAAUAUGGCAAUUCUACAUACCAAUCACAUGCUAUAACAGACAAUUCAUAUAUUAUUGAUACAAUCGGAUGGUUACAUCUUGAAAAUGUGAAAUACUCAAACUCCAAGCCAAUUAUGUUAGAGAGAAUAGACUUGUAUUGAUACACUCUAAAUAAUACAUGAUUUGGCAAACAUAGAGACUGAGCAUAUUAUGUUACAGAGAAUACGUUUGUAAUCUGGAUAAUAUAUUUUCGGUAAAUAUGGCAAACCUGUGUUUACAGAGAAUACAUCUAUGUUAAUACAUGUGAGAUAAUACCAUUUGUAAAUAAGGCAAACCUAGAUACUAUGCAAAUUAUAUACCAGAGAAUACAUUGUUAUUGAUUUAAUCAGGAUAAUACAUGUUUUGUAAAUAUGGCAAACCUGUACUUACAAAGAAUAAAUUUAUAUUGAAGCAUGUGAGAUAAUAAUAUUUGUAAAUAAGGCAAACCUAAAGACUAAGCAAAUUAUGUAACAGAGAAUACAUUUUUAUUGAUCAGUGUGAGACAAUACUGUUUGUAAAUAAAGCAAACCUAGAAACUAAGCACAUUAAGAAACAGAAUAUAUUUGUAUUGAAGCAAUCUGGAUAAUACAUGUUUUGUACAAAUGGCAAAUCAAUAUGAACAGAGAAUGUACCUAGAAACUAAGGAAAUUAUGAAACAGAGAAUAUAUUUGUAUUGAAACAAUCUGGAUAAUGCAUGUUUUGUAAAAAUGGCAAACCAAUAUGUACAGAGAAUGUACCUAGAAACAAAGCAAAUUAUGAAACAGACAAUAUAUUUGUAUUGAAGCAAUCUGGAUAAAGCAUAUUUUGUAAAAAUGGCAAACCUCUAUAUACAAAGACUAUGUUUAUAUUGAUACAUUUGACAUAAUACAAUUUGUAAAUAAGGUAA